AUGAACUUCAACAAGGUGAAUGUUAAACAUUUUAUGGACAAAUAUCAGUCAGUUUUGUUGAAGUAUAAAUUUGAAGGGCAAGAUAUCUACAACUUAGAUGAAGCAGGGAUUACAACAGUCCAAAAGACAGAAAAGGUAGUAGCAUCUCGUGGUAAAAAACAAGUUGGUGCAAUCACAUCUGCCGAACGUGGCACAUUAGUCACUAUGUGUUUGGCUGUAAAUGCGAUCGGUAAUUUUAUUCCUCCCAUGUUUGUAUUCCCAAGGGUUAAUUAUAAAGAUUACUUUGUAAAAGGAGGCCCAUCUGGUUGUGUUGGUGUUGCAAAUAAGUCAGGCUGGAUGCAAGGGAAUGAAUUUUUAGAGUUUAUGAAGCACUUUGCCAAACAUGUAAAGCCUUCAGUUGAUAAAAAAGUACUUGUUCUUCUUGAAAACCACGAAUCUCAUUUAUACCUGCCAGUGAUAGAUUUUUGUAGAGAAGUGGGCAUUGUAUUAUUAUCAUUCCCACCGCAUUGCUCACACAAACUACAGCCGUUGGACCGAUCUGUAUAUGGACCAUUUAAAAAAUAUAUUAACCAAAGUAUGACUUCCUGGAUGACAAAUAAYCCUGGGAAAAGAAUAACUAUUUAUGAUGUACCAUCUAUAUCUUCCAGUGCCUUAGUUAGUGCGGCUACUCCUCGAAACAUUAUUAAUGGAUUUUCUGUGUCAGGGAUUUGGCCAUUCAACAGGGAUGUGUUUACAGAAGAUGAGUUUGCUCCAUCAGUAGUCACCGAUAUGGUAAUAAAUACAACUAMUGAAGAAAUAGUAAACACAACUACUGAAGAAAUAGUAAAUACAACUACUGAAGAAAUAGUAAAUAAUAUUARUGAAAAUCUAUUAAAUUAUGUUAAUAACGAGCCAGUAGACAGUAUAAAUCCAGUAAUUAUUGAUGAACAAUGUCCACAAAAUCUAAGUUAUGAAAUAUCACCUGAACAUAUCAGACCAUAUCCGAAAGCAGCAUUACAARAUAAAAUUAAAAAUAAAGGAGGUAGAAGAAAAGGAAAAAGUGCAAUACUUACUGAUACACCAGAGAAAAUAGAGAUUGAGCAGAGAACAAAAGUUAAUGCUAAAAGAAACAUAGAUUUUGGAAAAAAGAAAAACUUAAAAAAGUCAGUAAUGAUGAUAGUGAUGAAGAAGAAACAUAUUGUUUAG